AUGACCAAAUACUAUCCGGAGUAUCUUGAAGAGAUGGAAGAACUUCAAGAUCCGUCAAUCAGAACAUGUGCAUAUCAAGAUCGUACUGUAGUCACUCAGACUAUUAUGUACAUUCUUCAAUUGGCUUAUGCCCUUCCAAUCUCCAUUUUGUAUUUGUUUGUGAUUCUGAAAAUUCUGAAGGCCCACAAAUCGGAACAAAUGUUCUCGGAUGCAUAUUUUAAGAUAUAUGUGCUCGAUGGAGUUGUGAGUCUGAUUGUGGUGGUUCUGGAUUUCGGUCUGACUCGUCCUCUUAUCUAUGUCAAUCCAUUAUGCUACGUCUUCUGGAAUUGGUUUCCAAAGCCAACGUAUAUUCUCACACCAUAUCUUUUUGGGUUUAACUACUUUCAAUUUGCAAAGAUAUUCUCAAUCUCAUUGCUAUCUGCAAACAGAUUCACAUGUGUUGCAUAUCCGAUCUGGCACAAAUUGUUUUGGAAGAAGCACACAAACCACGUCAUCAUUGUUUCUAUGGUUUGUCCUGUCCUUUUCACGUGGCAACUUGCUAUCUCCCCAACGCGACUCGACAUUUAUGUUGGUGAAGCGCUACUCGGUUAUGAAAAAGUAGUGCCAUUUGCGAUUCUUCUAAUAUUCUCGACAUCUUUUCUUGUUGAGAACCUUGCUUUUGGUAGUAUCUUGAAGAAAAUAGAGUUCAUUUGCAAUGAUUUUUAUCUAAUGAGCUCUCCCAUCGUCCUUCUCAUCAUGAACAAACGUCUUCGUUCUUCAUUAUUCAAAAUCUCUCCAGAAGUUCCACAGAAUACUUCAAAUACUCGGCAAUCAUCCAAAAAUGGAGAUACUGUCAAGAUCAUUGUGAAGUCACCAUCAGCUAAAACUCUAACAAUGUGGUAA